AUGGAGCCACAUUUACUAGAGGCCUGUGUCAGAGAGGUGCUGAACGACACGGCCCCCCGGGUAAUGGCUGUGUUGGAGCCUCUGAAAGUCACAAUUACUAACUUCCCAGCAGAGAAGGCUUUUAAGGUCUCCGUUCCAAACUUCCCAGCUGAUGAGUCUAAGGGUUUCCACAUGGUUCCUUUCUCUUCGACUGUGUACAUUGAACAGACAGAUUUCAGAGAGGUGAUGGAGAAGGGAUACAAGCGCCUUACCCCUAAUCAGCCAGUGGGCCUCCGACAUGCCGGUUAUGUCAUUUCCAUACAGAACGUUGUGAAGGAUGGAAGUGGUAAAGUGGUGGAGUUAGAGGUGACCUGCACCAAAUCGGACAUGGCUGAGAAGCCAAAAGCUUUCAUCCAUUGGGUUUCCAACCCCCUGGUGUGUGAAGUACGCCUGUAUGAUCGCCUAUUUAUGCACAAAACUCCUGAAGAUCCUUCUGAGGUUCCCGGUGGAUUCUUAAGCGAC